AUGGGUGCUUCCUCUUCGCACCCAAUUUUUUUGGCUCUCAAUGAGCUCUUGCAUUCAAAGAAGCUGAAAAUCAACAGAAGUAUUUUAGAGAAAUUUUUAGCUGAAUGCGACACGGCCGCCCCCUGGUUCGCAGUUUCCGGGAGCCUUACUGUGGCUUCCUGGGAGAAACUAGGGAGGGACCUGGAUUUUGCCCACGAGCAUGGAACUUUAAAAGGUGGGGUUAGACCCAUAUGGAAACUAAUAAGAAGCUGCCUUGACGAUCAACGCUGCGGUGAAGCGGUAGAAAAUGGGCAGGCAGCUUUGGAGAAGUUGCAGGAAGAAAGAUCAGAGAAGGCCGCGAGUGAAGGCCAGGGCACUAAGAGGGGGCUAUAUCCUGAUCUGGCGGAGUUGGAUUCCCCUGAGUCUACGGAUUCGGAGGAAGUGGAAUCCAUUUUAGAACAACUGGAGGAGAUGAGAGUAAGAGGAAGAAAGGCCCGGAAAGAAAAGAAGAAGCGGGAACGAGACAAAGGUCCGCCCUAUGACGGUGCUCCCACUCUUUCCGCUCCUCCACCAUAUUUUGGAGGAUCCGGAAGUAGAAGCUCUGGCAGCACUUUUAAUCCAGAAGUGUGGAGGACAGUUAGAACGGAACUGGAUUUAGCUUGCCCAAUAUUUCAAGACCCACAAGGACAGAGAUACCAUGAGCCCCUGGAUUUUAAAGUUAUUAAAUCCUUCGCUGAGACCGUGCGUGCUUAUGGGAUAAAUGCAGCCUUUACUGUAACCCAAGUGGAGGCGUUGCGCAGACACUGCUUGACUCCCAGUGAUUGGAGUGGACUUGUGCGCGCUUGCCUUAGCCCUGGACAGUAUUUAGACUGGAGGGCCUUUUUGCUUGAGUUUGCAAAUGAACAAGCUGCCGUUAAUCAUGCGGCAGGUAAUCCGGCCUGGGAUAGAGACAUGCUUUUAGGACAAGGAAGAUUUGUUAAUCAACAGACAGGGUACCCGGCUGAGGUGUAUGAACAAAUCAACGAUAUGGGAAUAAGAGCAUGGAAGGCCCUACCAAAUAAAGGAGAAGUGAGUGGGAAUCUUACAAAGAUUUUACAAGGUUCUACAGAACCUUUCUCAGAUUUUGUGGCUAGAAUGGUAGAAGCUGCAGGAAGAAUUUUCGGGGACCCCGACACUGCUAUGCCCCUGAUCAAGCAAUUAGUUUUUGAGCAGUGUACAAAGGAAUGCAAGGCAGCCAUAACCCCAUACAAGCAUAAGGGCUUAGAAGCUUGGAUGAAAGUGUGCAGAGAGCUGGGCGGGCCAUUGACUAAUGCAGGCCUCGCCGCAGCGGUGGUUCAACUGUCGCAGAGGAAGGGAGGAAAUCCUGGAGCGUGUUUUAAAUGUGGUAAAACAGGGCAUAUAAAACGGAAUUGCCCUGAGAGAGGAGGUCCAAGAGAGGCGGGAAGAAACCCGCCAGGCAAAAAGCCUGGGCUUUGCCCCAGAUGCAAGAAAGGAAGACAUUGGGCAAAUGAGUGCAGAUCAGUAAAAGAUAUUAAUGGACAGCCUUUGGGGCAAGCACAAGAAGGUCACAAUCCAAAAAACGGCCAGCGGGGCCCUCGCCCUCAGGGCCCGCAAAUAUAUGUGGCAGUCGAGAGUCAGGACAAGAACUCCUACCCGGAACGGUGGCCAACGUUCAGGCAUCCCAAAGACCUAGGAGAGCCACUGCGGGCUCCGCAGGACUGGACCUCUGUGCGACCACCAGACUCAUACUAA